CAAACAGCCAGAGAAGCUCAUGAAAAAUGCCCUUUUCGUAUAUAAGCUUCCAUAGACUCAAUUUCGUAAUAGAGAAAAAUACCAAAACAAAAAUAGGGCGAAGAAAUUGAUAGCUUGGUCGGUUGCUUUUAUCGUCUGCUUCUUCUGCUUCUACAGCUCGAAAUUCAAAUUUCGGUUUCUCAGAAUUGUUGCCGGCGAAGCUUCUGGAGCUCACCGGUGUGUUUUGCUCGCCGAUCUGACUCGGUCGCGUAUCGGAUGAGCUAGCGGAGGCGAUCGUCGAGCUCAAUCGAUAUGGCUCCACCAGUUAACAUUAUUGUAGGCUCUCAUGUCUGGGUUGAAGAUCCAAAGGAGGCAUGGGUUGGUGGAGAAGUUUCCCGAAUCAAUGGUGAAGAAGUACACGUCCAGACCAAAAAUGGGAAGACGGUUGUUACACAUAUCUCAAAAGUUUUUCCAGAAGAUACUGAAGCUCCUCCUGGUGGUGUAGAUGACAUGACAAAGCUCUCAUAUUUGCAUGAGCCAGGAGUUCUGCAUAAUUUGGCUGCCAGAUAUGAACUCAAUGAAAUUUAUACGUACACUGGCAAUAUAUUGAUUGCGGUAAACCCAUUUCAAAGAUUACCGCAUAUGUAUGACACACAUAUGAUGGAACAAUAUAAAGGAGCCGGAUUUGGGGAGUUAAGUCCUCAUGUUUUUGCAAUUGCGGACGUUGCAUACAGAGCAAUGAUCAACGAGGGAAAGAGCAAUUCAAUUCUGGUUAGUGGGGAGAGUGGUGCUGGUAAAACAGAGACGACAAAGAUGCUUAUGCGAUAUCUUGCAUACCUUGGUGGGCGAUCAGGUGUAGAAGGGCGGACAGUUGAACAGCAAGUUCUAGAAUCCAAUCCAGUUCUUGAAGCCUUUGGCAAUGCCAAAACGGUCAGAAAUAACAACUCUAGUCGUUUUGGUAAGUUUGUGGAGAUCCAGUUUGACAAGAGUGGGAGGAUCUCUGGCGCAGCUAUACGCACUUAUUUGCUUGAAAGGUCUCGUGUUUGCCAAGUUUCAGACCCUGAAAGAAACUAUCACUGCUUUUACCUUCUUUGUGCUGCACCACCUGAGGAUAGGGAGAAAUUUAAGCUGGGAAACCCUAAAGAAUACCAUUACUUGAAUCAAUCUAGUUGCUAUGUUCUCGAUGGAAUAGAUGAUAGUGAAGAAUAUGCUGCCACGCGAAGGGCUAUGGAUGUAGUUGGGAUCAGUGACGAAGAGCAGGAUGCAAUUUUUAUGGUGGUAGCUGCAAUUCUGCAUCUUGGAAAUGUUGAAUUUGCAAAAGGAGAGGAAAUUGAUUCUUCUGUCAUUAAGGAUGAGAAGUCUAGAUUCCAUCUUAGUACAACAGCUGAGCUGCUUAAGUGUGAUCCCAAGAGCUUGGAAGAUGCUUUGAUUAAACGUGUAAUGGUAACACCAGAAGAGGUCAUCACAAGAACGCUCGACCCAGCGUCUGCAUUGGCUAGCAGAGAUGCCUUGGCUAAAACUGUUUAUUCACGUUUGUUUGACUGGCUUGUGGAGAAGAUUAACUUCUCAAUUGGACAAGAUCCAAACUCAAAAUCAUUAAUUGGAGUUCUUGAUAUUUAUGGUUUUGAGAGCUUCAAGUUCAAUAGUUUUGAGCAGUUCUGUAUCAAUUUUACAAAUGAGAAGCUGCAACAACAUUUCAAUCAGCAUGUCUUUAAGAUGGAACAGGAAGAAUACACUAAAGAAGAAAUCGAUUGGAGCUACAUUGAGUUUGUUGAUAACCAAGAUGUGCUGGAUCUGAUUGAAAAGAAACCUGGAGGAGUAAUUUCACUCUUGGAUGAAGCCUGUAUGUUUCCUAAAUCCACACAUGAAACUUUCGCUCAGAAGUUAUACCAGACAUUCAAAAACCACAAGCGGUUUAUCAAACCUAAGCUUUCUCGAACUAGUUUUACCAUCUCUCACUACGCAGGAGAGGUGACUUAUCUGGCUGAUCAAUUUAUUGAUAAAAACAAAGAUUAUGUGAUAGCGGAACACCAGGAUCUAUUGACAGCCUCCAAAUGCCCUUUUGUGGCAGGGCUAUUUCCUCCACUUCCAGAGGAAUCAUCCAAGUCUUCAAAAUUUUCUUCCAUUGGAUCACGCUUCAAGUUACAACUUCAAUCUUUGAUGGAGACCUUGAGCUCAACAGAACCUCACUAUAUCAGAUGUGUGAAGCCAAACAAUGUCCUCAAGCCUGCUAUAUUUGAGAACUUUAACAUAAUACAACAAUUGCGCUGUGGUGGUGUUCUUGAGGCGAUUAGGAUCAGUUGUGCUGGAUACCCUACCAGACGUACAUUUUAUGAGUUUCUUAACCGCUUUGGGGUUCUAGCUCCUGAUGUUUUGGAAGGAAACUGCGACGACAAGGUUGCAUGUCAAAUGAUCCUUGAUAAAAUGGGAUUGGCUGGUUAUCAGAUAGGCAAGACAAAGGUCUUCCUAAGAGCUGGUCAGAUGGCCGAGUUGGAUGCUAAAAGAGCAGAGGUACUUGGAAAUGCAGCCAGAACCAUACAAAGGCAAAUUCGUACCCAUAUGGCACGCAAGGAGUUCAUUGCAGUACGUAAAGCUGCUAUUCGAUUACAAUCCUAUGUGCGAGGUAUUUCUUCUCGUGAAAUUUUUGAGAAGUUGCGGCAAGAAGCAGCGGCUGUCAAGAUACAGAAAUACUUGCGGAGAUACAUUGCAAGGAAAUCCUACUCGAGAGUUCGGUUGUCUGCAGUCACAUUACAGACUGGGUUGAGAGCAAUGACUGCUCGAAAUGAAUUCAGAUUCAGAAAGCAAACUAAGGCUGCAAUUCUUCUCCAGGCUCAUUUGCGUUGUCACAUAGCAUAUUUAUAUUAUAGGAGUCUCCAGAAGGCUGCAAUAGUUACACAGUGUGGGUGGAGGCGUAGGGUUGCCCGGAGAGAGCUCCGAAAUCUUAAAAUGGCUGCAAAAGAAACAGGGGCCCUAAAGGAAGCUAAAGACAAAUUAGAAAAGCGUGUGGAAGAACUUACAUAUCGCGUGCAACUUGAGAAGCGAUUAAGGACUGAUUUGGAAGAGGAAAAAGCCCAAGAAGCUGCUAAGUUUCAAGAAGCUUUGCAUGCAAUGCAAAUACAACUGGAAGAAGCAAAUGCAAGAGCAAUUAGAGAACGAGAAGCAGCUCAGAAGGCAAUCGAAGAUGCUCCUCCUCUCAUUAAGGAGACUCCUGUAUUAAUUCAAGACACUGAAAAGAUUGAUUCAUUAUCAGCUGAGGUUGAGAGUUUGAAGACCAUGCUGCUGUCAGAAAGACAAGCAGCCGAAGCGGCCAGGAAGGCUUGUAUCGAUGCUGAGGCUAGAAAUGCAGAGCUGACCAGACAACUUGAAGAUGCUGGCAGAAAAGUAGAUCAACUUCAGGAAUCUGUACAAAGGCUAGAGGAGAAACUUUCCAGCACAGAGUCGGAGAAUCAAGUACUUCGUCAACAAGCACUGACCAUGUCACCGAAAGCUCUGUCUUCAAGACCAAAGACAGUGAUUAUUCAGAGAACACCAGAGAAUGGAAAUAUUGUAAAUGGCGAGUCCAAGGUCACAUCAGAUCUGUCUCUUUCCAUAUCAAGUGCACGUGAGCCUGAGUCUGAGGAAAAACCGCAAAAGUCUCUAAAUGAAAAGCAGCAGGAGAACCAGGAGUUGCUGAUCAAGUGCAUAACACAAGAUUUGGGUUUUUUUGGGGGAAGACCAAUUGCUGCUUGUGUCAUAUACAAAUGUCUUCUUCACUGGAGGUCAUUUGAAGUUGAAAGGACUGGCAUUUUCGACCGUGUCAUUCAAACAGUAGCUUCUGCUAUAGAGGUUCAGGACAAUAAUGACACAUUAGCCUAUUGGUUAUCAAAUACCUCAACUUUAUUGUUGCUACUCCAACAUACACUUAAAGCAAGUGGAGCAGCUAGCUUGACACCACAGCGGCGGAGAACAUCAUCAGCCUCUCUUUUUGGAAGGAUGUCUCAGGGUUUACGGGCCUCUCCACAAAGUGCGGGACUCUCAUUUCUUAAUGGUCGAGGAGGACUUGGUAGGUUGGAUGACUUACGGCAAGUUGAGGCCAAAUAUCCUGCAUUAUUGUUUAAGCAGCAGCUGACUGCUUUCCUCGAGAAGAUAUAUGGAAUGAUCAGAGACAACUUGAAGAAAGAGAUCUCACCAGUACUCGGAUUAUGUAUCCAGGCGCCAAGGACAUCACGGGCUAGUUUAUUGAAAGGACGUGCCCAAGCUAAUGCCGUCGCUCAGCAAGCUUUAAUUGCUCACUGGCAAAGCAUUGUGAAAAGCUUAGACAAUUACUUGAAGAUAAUGAAAGCAAAUUAUGUGCCUCCGUUCUUGGUCCGCAAGGUGUUCACUCAGAUAUUCUCCUUCAUCAAUGUUCAGUUAUUCAAUAGUCUUCUGUUACGGCGGGAGUGUUGUUCAUUCAGUAAUGGGGAGUUCGUAAAAGCCGGAUUGGCUGAGUUGGAACAGUGGUGCUAUGGGGCAAGCGAGGAAUAUGCAGGCUCAGCUUGGGACGAGUUAAAGCAUAUCAGGCAGGCUGUUGGAUUCCUUGUCAUACAUCAAAAGCCAAAGAAGACCUUGAAUGAAAUAACCAAAGAACUCUGUCCUGUGCUUAGCAUACAGCAGUUGUACAGGAUCAGUACAAUGUACUGGGAUGACAAAUAUGGCACACAUAGUGUGUCUUCAGAUGUUAUAUCAAGCAUGAGAGUCAUGAUGACCGAGGAUUCCAACAAUGCUGUAAGCAGCUCUUUCCUACUAGAUGACGACUCAAGCAUACCAUUCUCGGUGGACGACAUCUCUAAGACAAUGGAACAAGUAGAUAUAACCGACAUUGAACCUCCACCGUUGAUUCGUGAACACUCGGGAUUUGGAUUCUUACUCCCUCGCUUAGAGUGAUGUUGAUGGUCAUAGUCUCUGAUGUUACAAAUCACAUCAUUAUAUCCGAAACGCAGAAGUACAUCAAUUGAUGUGCUGAAACCUGUGCAUACAGUCUCAUCGUUUGUACUCAUCCUUGUGAAUAGUGCUUGUUUUAUCAGCUCAUGCCUUUGAUCUUGGUUUGAUCGAUGGCUGGGCGAGUUCAUUCUUUUCCCUCGAGUUUUAUCAACAGGGAGGGUAUUUCAUAUUUGUUAGUUAGGCAUAUCACAAUUUAUGUGAUGAAAUGCCUGGUUAAGGCAUUGUUUGUUGGUGCCCAGUAGCUUCUUGUUUGUCGGGUUUAAAGGAAGGUCGUCUACUGGUUUUUGAGUGAAAGCAUUUUGUUAGGUCGUUUAUUUUGUGGUGGUUGUGGGAGUAAUUUGUAAUUAAGUGGUGUAAUAUUCUUUUUUUCUUUAUUAAAAAAGUAGAUAGAACCUCAUGUAUAACAACAACACAGGUCAUAUAUUUAUUGGACUUUGUUUUAUGUUUUCUCUUGCA